UACUUGCAUCAUCGACAAUGUUUAGCUGUAUAUUUGGCAGAGACACAGAAAACAAACACACUUAUGAGAAGGUUCCUAUCGAACAUUUGCCAUCAUUUGAAACGAAAUUGCUACAAACGUCACAAACGGAGUUAAACGACAGACUCGAGGAUUUCAGAGAGCUGCUUACGGAUAACAAGCUCGAUUAUUAUAUCGUACCCACUACAGAUGCACACGCGUCUGAGUAUGUCGCAGACGCGGACGCUCGUUUGGCAUUCCUUUCUGGAUUUACGGGAAGCUCUGGUGUUGCUAUCGUCGGUGCAUACGAUGCACACCUUUGGACGGAUUCUCGCUACUACAUCCAAGCAGAGCGCGAGCUUAGCAGGGCAUGGACGCUCCAUAAAGACGGUUUACCAGGUGUUCCAACCUGGACAGAAUGGUUGUCUAAAUACACGCAAUCUGCGCGCAUUGGAGUUGACCCAAAGUUGAUGACUUACAAACAAGCAACAUCCAUCGAAGACAUACUGCGUGACGUUGAAUCACAAUUGAUAUACACAGAACACAACCUCAUAGACCAGAUUUGGUAUGAAAGGCCAGCACUCCCUCUCAGACCACUGUUUGUGCUCGGAAUGGAGUUCACUGGUAAACACGCGAGCGAGAAAUUGAAAGACGUCGAUAACUGGCUGGGUCCUAAACGUGCAUUUAUCGCUAGCGCCCUCGAUGAUAUAGCUUGGGUGCUUAACUUAAGGUGUCAGGAUAGCGUACCAUUUAAUCCUGUUUUCUACUCAUAUCUGCUUAUUUCACAGUCAAAGAAGGUGCUUUUCGUACACAAAGAUCAACUCACUGGUGUCGUUUCCGACUAUCUGAGUGACUUGAACGUCGAGAUAAAGGAUUAUGCAAAUAUUGACAAUACUCUGAAGAGUGUUUCGAGCAACUACACAACAAUUUUUGCGUCAGAGACCGUAUCUCGUGCUGUAGCAUCCGAUAGUGGAUUUAGCCGCAUCAGGACUACGACAUCACCAAUCACCUUGGCUAAAGCCGCAAAGAACCCAGUCGAGCUCAAGGGAGCACGCGAAGCGUACAAGCGUGAUGGAUUAGCAUUCGUUCGCUUCCUUGCAUGGCUCGAUGGUCAAGUCAGAGCCGGUAAUCCUGAUCUAACAGAAUGGAACGUUAGUGCAAAGUUCGACGAAAUCAGAAGCAAAUUGCCAUUAUUCAAAGGUCUCGCGUAUGAGAAUAUAUCAGCUACUGGUGCAAAUGCAGCAUUACCACAUUACUCAACAUCGAAAGACAACUCGCCAAAAUUGGAUUUAACAACGCCAUAUCUCAAUGACUCUGGUGGUCAAUAUCUCGACGGUACUUGUGACACCACUCGAACUGUUCAUUUCGGCAAACCGACGAAAGAGCAAAAAGUUGCGUUCACGAGAGUUCUCCAAGGUCAUAUUGCUAUUGACUCGCUCGUCUUCCCUGAAGGCACGACUGGCGGUCAUAUUGACGUAUUAGCUAGACGUCCACUAUGGCUCGAAAAUCUAGAUUUCGGUCAUGGAACUGGUCAUGGUAUAGGUGCAUACUUGAAUGUGCACGAAGGACCACACGGCAUAAACAAGGGUCUAUCGUUCGCACAAUUCCCUUUGCGUGUUGGAUGUAUGAACUCCAAUGAGCCUGGAUACUAUGCCGAAAACAAAUUUGGUAUGCGUAUCGAGUCGGUUGUCACAGUUAAGGAAUCUUCUAAGAAGGGAUGGUUGAAAUACGAGAGACUGACUAAAGUACCUAUCGAUAAGCGUUUGGUAGACUACUCGCUCCUCACACAAUUCGAGAAAGACUGGUUAAAUGCUCACAAUGAAGACGUCAAGCAGACGCUUUUACCACUCCUCGACAAAUCUGACAAGUUGACCAGAAAAUGGUUACAAUUACAGUAAAUGGAUACAUGUCCUUUUUGACUUAUUACAAUCUCGCUGUUGUUCUUCUUUCUUGGGAUAUUUUCACACGUUCCAAUUCAGGUAUCUGGUUAGGGGCGUCGACGAUGAAAGAAGCUGGCCUCUGGCACGCAAUUUCAGCGACGCGUAUCAUAACCCGUCUGGGUAUGUCAAUUUGGGAGUAGGCGAGAAUGAAGA